AAAACGGCUCACUUCCAAGUAAGGUACUUACAUGCGCCUGAGGUGGCAUCUGCGGUUGCUACAAGCGGCGGUUUGGGACCUUUGACCUUAUCUCACGUAAACCUCGAAGAUACAUUUGCGGUAUCGGUAAUUCGUAAAGUCAUUGAAAGCUUCCUGUCUACAGCGGGUGCAAACGCUCAAAAAGCCAACUUAAACUUUUUCUGUCAUCUAAUCUACCCUAUUUUUACGGCCCGACAGAAAGAGAACUGGGAUACGCUGUACAGCGAAGUUUUAGGAUGCGAAAGCCUCAACUCAUCACUGAAGUUCGACAACGGCAAUGUGAGUUUCAAAUGCAUCGAGACCUUUUUCGAGACGGAAUUCACACCGGGCAUGGUCAGCUUUCAUUUCGGGUACCGUUCUCCGGUUACCAUACAGCAAUUGAAGAAGCUAGGGAUUGCCGUUUUUGUAACAGCAACCAGUGAGCUUGAGGCAGAACAGCUCCUCGAGUUGGGCGUGGACGGUAUCAUCUGUCAGGGUUACCAAGCGGGGGGCAUAGAGGCAGCUUCCCAGGCAAUGAAGCACAAUUGGAUGAGGGACUUUCCAGGCUUUGUUUGUUCAAAAAGAUAUAAGAAGCUAAGAAUAAAAUGGGAAGCGAGGCGUUUCUAAUCCCAGCUGGUGGGAUUAUGGACUCCCAGACCAUCCAAUUUUACCUAGAUCAAGGCGCUUCGGCCUGUCAGUUGGGGACUGCCUUUUUGGCAGUAGCGGAGUCGAAGUCCAGCAAGUUUUACAGGGAUCUCAUGGAUUCUCACGAUAAGAUAUCCACCAUACUGACCCCGCCUCCGUCAGCGCUUCCUGCGAGGACCAUUUAUCGAAAGACUUUCUGACCUAACUCCAGGUUUAGACCUGCCUCCUUACGGCUACAGGUAUAGUGAGUUCAAACCACUGCCAUCGAAAUUCCCAUCGUUAGUCAAUUUAAACUUAUGUGGUCAGGGCGUCAAUCAAAUUCAAACAGGAAGAGACGACGGUUUGAGCACGGCGGAAAUUUUCAGAAUUUUGACGGAAGACCUUAAAAUUUCCGAAGACCGGAUUUGGAGUUAA